AUGGUUCUCAAUGAUUUCAACCGUGCCUUAAUGUUGCUACGCGCGCCGAAUCUGAAAAUGACGGACGAUGAUGUCAGGGAAGACUUUCGUCUAGAUGCUGCUGAUAAGCCGCCGACCAAUGCUGAGGUCGGGUACUAUGGGCCGACGACCGACAUUUCUGCUCCAGGCUGCAACCGCGGCGAUUCCAGCGCCCAGACGAUCGGCCAGAUCAUCGACGAGGCUUUGAAGGAGCCAAUGGGCCUACAAACGAUUCAACCGUUGCCACCGACUUUCAACCCUAAGGCUGUGAAAGCGGAGAAGCCAGAAGAAGGACAGGCCAAUGGCACCGAGAAGCACAUUGCUGACGUCACCAACAAGACCGACAAAUAUGCGAAGCAGCUGGCUGCUAUGGGUGCUAAAGGUGCCGCUCUUACCGAAAUCGGCAAAAUGAAGGAUGAGGUUCCACCUCUCGUUCUCGAAGCGCACGUGAAGAACGUCACCGAGCACUAUAGGAAGACCGGCAAAAUCGAUGGGAAGGUCGGAUUGGCCAAAAGCGGCAUUGCUGAUGACGCCCUGGUUGAGCCCAAGCCGGAAGGGUCGGGUGAUGAUGGUGAUGUCAAGGCCUUGGCGACAGAAGCAAUUGGCGAGACUGAGUCCGUCGUCGCGUUUACCGCCGAUGCUAACGAAAUUGUGGACCUUGGCUAUGACCCCUACGCGGAAAUGGACGUGAGCGACGAGUUCUACCACAUUCCAAUCGAGGGCUACGGCCACAAUGCAAUCGGAGGCCACGACGAUGAUGACAGCUCGACCCCAUCGUUGGGCGGAGAAAAACCCCUCGGCGAUGAGGAGAUCGUCUUGCCCAACACGCCGCGCUACGAUUUGUUGACGCCUGGCCAUACCUCUGAUAGCCAGGGUUCCAUCGAACGCGAUUCCAUAGACCCGCAAGUUUACUAUCGAGGAAUGGCACCGGUCGACGGUCGUCCGGUAGAAACUACGACCGAGGCUCAAUGGGCUGGCUACAUCCCCACCGCAGAGCUUGUUCGCCUACAACAGAUGGCACCUCAAGGAUACGGCAACCGAUGCCAAUCCACGGGCGGCGGCGGCGCCAAACUAGUCUCGAAGCCGUCGGCGCUGUAUGAGAUGAUGGCUGGUUGCGGGCUGCCAAAGGAGGUCUCGAAAUGGCAACAACCGGAGAAGAAGGACACCAGCCCGGUCUUCAACAAGAAUCUGGAUCUUCCAGAGUUGAGCGACAGUGAAUUCGAGGGCCAGGAAGACGGUGAUGAGCCAGAGACCGAUGAUGAAUAUACUCCGAGGCUAACGGUGGGCACCUCGUUGCCGCGUGAUGUCCAGCGCCAUCGUAACCUCAGAUUCGACUGUCUGCGCUUUGAGCCGCCGGUCAGUGGUGCCCCGAAUGAGCCACUGUACUAUUUCAACAGCCGUGCCUCGCCGGACCUCGAGUUUGUGUGCGUCAGGAACCUGGCCAGUCCAGAUAUGGAUCAGUUACUUCUCGACGGGCAUCCGCGCUUCCAUGGUCUCUUCUAUCCGGAUGGUCCGGCCACCCAACCCGGCAAACGUCUUCGAAUGCGUGGACUGAUUGUGGGAGCGAAAGACUGGAUCAUGAAGGUGUCGGAGGGGCAACUCGUCGAACAAUACCGAUUGCACGAGGAAUUGGUGGCCAGUCGACGGAUCGCUUUUGGCGACGAUGCUGACGACGCCCGCUGC